AUGUCUUCCUCCGACGAGGACAUGGAGGUGACCCGGACGACUGCAGUGCAUGUACCCACCACACUGGCUGCGGCUUCUGCUGCUGCCGCGGCAGCGGCAAAGGAUACGGCGGCGGCGGCGGUGGCGGCGGCAGAGGCUACGGCAGGAGCGAGUGUGAGAGCUGCUGGCAAGGCAAAGGAGACCAGGUCGUACGCUCUUGUUCUCCAGGAGGCAAAGCUGGCCCGAGCUGAUGCUCAGAUCAGGGCUCGUGUAGCCGAGAUUGAGCGUGCCCAGGCAGCUGCGGAGAUCACCGGCUCGACACCGCCGUCGGUUGAGCCUACUGCUGCCACUCCGUCGACGUCGUCGGUCGCAAGCUCGGCUGAACCGCCGCAGGGCCGGUCGCGAAAGCGGACUCGCUGGGGCGCUAGGACAGAGGCUGCCUCUGGUGGACAGGAGACUGUUGCUGGCACUGCUGCUUCUGCAGCAGGCGACGAUGCUGUGGCGCCGGCGGCCAAGCGCCGCAAGGUCUCGCGAUGGGACGUGGCGUCGGACGGCGAAGACGAGGCCAAGACCGGCCCAGGCGGCAAGGCCGGAGCCAAGGCGACCCAGCCGGCGUCGGCGGCCGGGGGCGUCGGCUCGACGUGGACGGACGCGCAACUGGAUGCGCUCCUUCCACAGGGUUUUGCCAUUGUCGAGCCGCCGGCCGGCUACGUCGAGCAGCACCCGGGUGCGCUGGCAACGUCACGGACUCGGGCGCCGGGCAGCGGCGCAGUCUCGGGCGAAGACGCGUACGUCAUGCCGGCUGCCGAGGGUACCGUCUCGCUCGAGGCCUACGGGGUCCAGCCCGGAAUGGUGGCAGACGCCGAGCGGUCGGGAGUUCACUCGCUCAAGCCGGACGACUAUGAGUACUUUGCUCCGAUUCUGGGCAAGGACGCCGAGGCCGAGGAUGCGUCGAGCCUCUCGACUGACGAGCAGAAAGAGCGCAAGGUGCUGCGGCUGCUGCUGAAGAUCAAGAACGGGCUGCCGUCGCAGCGCAAGGUCGCCCUGAGAACCAUCACCGACAAGGCCAACGAGCUGGGCGCGAGCGCGCUGUUUGGGCAGAUCCUGCCACUCUUCCUUGCGCCGUCGCUCGAGGACGCGGAGCGGCAUCUUCUGGUCAAGGUUGUGGACCGUGUGCUGUACAAGCUCAAGAGCGCGGUCCGGCCGUUUGUGCACAAGAUUCUGGUAGUCAUCGAGCCGAUGCUUGUUGACGAAGACCCAUACGCGCGCGUCGAGGGCCGCGAAGUCAUCUCGAACCUGGCCAAGGCUGCAGGCCUGACGUCGAUGGUGGCCAAUAUGCGGCAAGACAUCGAUCACGCCGACCACGUGGUCCGCGACGUGACUGCGCGCGCCUUUGCUGUUGUGGGUGUCGCUCUCGGCGUCCCGCUCCUCAUUCCACUGCUCGAGGCGGUGGUUGCGUCACAGACGUGGCAGGCACGGCACACCGGAGUCAAGAUCGUGCAGCAGCUGGCCAUCCUGCAAGGUGUGGGCAUCCUACCGCACCUACAGUCGCUGGUGGCGAUUGUGGCGCCACAGGUGACCGACGUCAAGCCGAGCGUGAGCAACAUGGCUGCCAACGCGCUGGCGGCGCUGGCCGAGGCAUCGGCGCCGUACGGCAUCGACGCCUUUGACCCAGUUGUGGAGCCGCUGUGGGAGGGCAUCAAGAUCCAUUCAGGCCGGACACUUGCGGCUUUCCUCAAGGCCAUUGGGUUCAUCAUUCCGCUCAUGGAGCCGGCGCACGCCAACCACUACACCCGCGAGGUCAUGGUUGUGCUGGUCAAGCACUUUUCGACGGUUCUCGACGACAUGAAGCUGGUUGUGCUCAAGGUGGUCGAACAGGUGAUUGGCGCCGACGGGGUGCCGGCCGACUACGUCACCGCCGAAGUCUUGCCCGAGUUUUUUGCCCACAUGUGGGUCCGCCGCAAUGCGCUCGACGCGCGCUGCGCGCGGCAGUUGGAGGACACCACGGUGGCGCUGGCUGUCAAGGUCGGAGGCGCCCCGAUCCUCACCCGACUCAUCGAGUACAUUCGCGACGACUCGGAGCCGUUCCGCCGCACAGCAGUGCUGACGGUGACCAAGGUUGUCGAGGCCUGCGGCGUUGCUGACGUCGAUGUGCGGCUGGAGGAGCGGGUCCUCGACGCGCUCGUUCUGGCGUUCCAAGACCAGUCGACGCAGGACGUAGUGUUCCUCCGCGGGCUCGCGGCGUUUGUCAACGCGCUUGGCGUCCGCGUCAAGCCGUACCUGCAGCCUAUUUUCACUGCGGUCAAGUGGCGGCUCAACAAUGCCAUGCCGCAUGUCCGGGAGUACGCGGCCGACCUGGUUGCCGCCAUUGCGCCCGUCGUCAUCGAGUGUGACGAGGAAGUGCGCCUUGCGCGGAUGGCCGUUGUCUUUUACGAGAACUUGGGCGAGGAGUUCCCCGAGGUUCUCGGCUCGAUCCUCGGCGCGCUCUCGGCCAUUGUCUCGGUCAUUGGCAUGACCAAGAUGACGCCGCCGAUCCGCGACCUGCUUCCGCGGCUCACGCCCAUUCUCCGCAACCGGCACGAAAAGGUCCAGGAGAAUUGCAUCCGGCUUGUCGGCCGCAUCGCCGACCGUGGUGCUCGCUUUGUCUCUGGUCGCGAGUGGAUGCGCAUCUGCUUCGACCUGCUCGACCUGCUCAAGGCGACCCGCAAGUCGACCCGCGCCGCCGCAGUCUCGACCUUUGGCUUUAUUGCCAAGGCCAUCGGUCCGCAGGACGUGCUUGCCACGCUGCUGGCCAACCUCAAAGUGCAAGAGCGCCAGAACCGGGUCUGCACCACGGUGGCCAUCGCCAUCGUCGCCGAGGCCUGUUCGCCGUUCACGGUCCUCCCCUCGCUCAUGAACGAGUACCGGGUGCCCGAGAUCAACGUCCAGAACGGCGUGCUUAAGGCUCUCAGCUUUAUGUUCCAGUACAUCGGCGAGAUGGCCAAGGACUACAUCUACGCCGUCGCGCCGCUGCUGCAGGACGCGCUGAUGGACAAGGAUCCGGUCCACCGGCAGACCGCCGCCACCGUGGUCCAGCACCUGGCGCUCGGCGUGUACGGUCUCUCGUGCGAAGACGCGGUCCUGCAUCUCCUCAACUACGUUUGGCCCAACAUCCUCGAGACUUCGCCGCACGUGAUUAACGCGGUCAUGGACGCCAUCAUGGCGUCGCGGCUUGCCCUCGGCGCGCCACGCAUUCUCAUGUACACGCUGCAGGGCCUGUUUCACCCGGCGCGCAAGGUCCGCUCUGCGUACUGGCGUGUCUACAAUGAUGCGUACGUGGCCAACCCCGACGCGCUUGUCCCGUUCUACCCAGACCUCACGCCGCUCGCCCCGCAGCCAAAGCCCAUCUUCCCGCCAGGCUGUGGCGAGGGCCCCGCGCUGCCCUCGGUCACCGCUGGCCCGGACCUGUACGUCCGCUCCGAGAUGGAGUACUUCCUGUGAUGUUGUGUUAACUGACUACAAUCGCGCCACCGCGGCUUGCAGCUCGCUGUGCCGGUCGCUGUCGAGCUUGCCGGCGGCCUCGGCUUCAGCCAGCCGCGCCCGGAGUGCUACGCCAGCGG